AAGAGAGAGGAGGCUGGCAUGAUAAACGCGGAAGUGACGUCAUUGAUAAGUACCUCUGUAACUGUCGAUCUUCCGCCUACCAGCCAAGCGGACGGUGUGUAUCGCUCUGUGGAUUUCCCCACACAAAAAAAACACUCCUGGUUGUUAACGCGGGCAGAGCCGACGCUUCUCUGAGAGAUCAACUUGUAACCAACUUUCCAAAUGAGUGACGGAGAGUGUGACUUCUUCUGUUUCUUCCGCUGCUGCUGAGCGCGCUCUCUGCGCGCCUCAGGAAGACGGGGUGUCUCUGAACAGUGACACAAGCAGGCGGAAAGAGGUGCGGGGAGAAACGGGGAGCUGGAUCCGACAGGUAGGCGGACCGUCUACCUGUGCGGGUGAUUGAUUCAAUCGAUUGGAUGUCUGUGGACAUGAACAGCCAGGCGUCGGACAGCAACGAGGAAGACUUCGGAGUGAACUCUGAAGAAGAGGAUGAUGAGGACGAUGGAGGAGAAGAGGAGGAUCCGGGCGACAUUGAAGCCUACUAUGAGGGCGUGGCCAGCGACGUUGAGCAACAGGGCGCGGACUCCUUUGACCCAGAGGAGUACCUUUUCACUUGUCUGACCUACAAAGAGAGUCAGAGGGUGUUGAUAGAGGAGGUUAACACUGUGGCUGCUGCACUGAAGGUUUUACCAGCGGUAGCAAAACUGAUCCUGGUGCAUUUGCACUGGCAGGUUUCACAAAUACUGGACAGAUAUAAGUCCAACUUGUCUCUGCUGUUGUCGGAUGCUCUGGUCCAGCCCAGCAACACCUGCAGAUCAGUCACGGUCCCUCAGUCCCUUCAGUGUGGUGUGUGUCUACAGGUCGUACGGAGAGACUCCCUGCUGGCACUGCCCUGCCAGCACUCCUUCUGCAAAGCAUGCUGGGAGCAGCACUGCACUGUCCUGGUCAAAGAUGGCAUUGGAGUGGGUAUCUCGUGUAUGGCUCAGGACUGUUCCCUGCAGAUGCCAGAAGACUUUGUCCUGCCACUGCUGCCAGGAGAGGAGCUGAAGGACAAAUACAGACGCUACCUCUUCAGAGACUAUGUUGAGAGUCAUUUCCAGUUGCAGUUGUGUCCAGGUGCAGACUGUCCCAUUGUCAUCAAGGUGCAGGAGCCCCGGGCACGCAGGGUGCAGUGUAGCCGCUGCAGUGAAGUCUUCUGUUUUAAAUGCCGUCAGAUGUACCAUGCACCCACAGAUUGUGCAACAAUCCGGAAAUGGCUGACCAAAUGUGCAGAUGAUUCCGAGACGGCUAACUACAUCAGCGCACACACUAAAGAUUGUCCUAAGUGCAAUAUCUGCAUUGAGAAGAACGGAGGGUGCAAUCACAUGCAAUGCUCCAAGUGCAAACACGACUUCUGCUGGAUGUGUCUUGGUGACUGGAAGACUCACGGCAGUGAAUACUACGAGUGCAGCCGCUACAAAGAGAACCCUGAUAUAGUCAACCAGAGCCAGCAGGCUCAGGCCAGAGAGGCCCUGAAGAAAUACCUGUUCUACUUUGAGAGGUGGGAGAAUCACAACAAGUCUCUGCAGUUGGAGGCUCAGACGUACCAGAGGAUCCAGGAGAAGAUCCAGGAGAGAGUGAUGAACAACCUGGGAACCUGGAUUGACUGGCAGUACCUGCAUAACGCUGCAAAGCUACUGGCUAAGUGUCGCUACACACUGCAGUAUACCUACCCUUACGCCUAUUACAUGGAGUCCGGCCCACGCAAGAAACUGUUUGAGUACCAGCAGGCCCAGCUGGAAGCAGAAAUAGAAAACCUGUCGUGGAAGGUGGAGCGGGCUGACACCUAUGAGAGGGGAGUGGUGGGAGGCGAGGGGGAGCUCAGCGCCAGUGACAGAGGGGAUCUGGAGAAUCAGAUGCAUAUUGCUGAGCAGAGGCGACGCACGCUGCUGAAGGAUUUCCAUGACACCUGAAGCUCCAUCGCGAAUGCAAAGCACCAGCAUCUCCCUCCUUACGUCCUUCCUUUCUUCUUUGCCUCCUGCCUUUGCUUCCCUCCAUGACCAUCCCUCGGUGAAGUCUCAUACUGACCCCUCCUUUUGCUUCUCUACACUCGCUCAUCGGCUUCUUUCUGUGGUCCCCCCCCCCCUCACUCCCAUCAUGCUGCAGAGUCACAUAAUGGCACGAUUGUUUCUCCCCGUCCUCUUCUCCUCCUCAAUUCAUUUACAUGUUUUGGCUCCAGAUCAUUACAUUCACCGUGGUUGUGCUUGUUGCCGAAGCUUUUGUUAAGCAGACAAAGAAGAUGUGGGAGAUAGAAUACGCUUUCUUUCAGGAGACUGUGCUGAUUGUGGAUCUGUAUUUGGUGGUUUUCACACCACAAUGAUUAGGGGGCACUUGAUGGCAGUUGUACUUGUAGUACUUACUGGAUUGGCCUGAACACAUGCAAAGUUGAUUCUUUUUUUCCCCAAACAUUUAAAUUUAAGUUGCCUCUCCUAAGCUGCAAAAGGUUAAUUGACAUAAAUGAAUAAGACAUUGAUUACAGCAAAGAUGAUGUAGUAGUCGUGGUAUAGGUGCAAAUUCACACAGCCCAAUGAAGAAUUCUCAACGGCACAUUAUGGAGACCUUUCACUGUAAAGGUGCUUUAUUUCUGCCAUAAAUGUGUAUAUGGUGUGUUUACUGUGAAAAAAUGGUGACCUCAGAGUCCCACAUACUCCUUGAAAUGAACAAAAUACUGUAUUUUCCUACGUAUGAUGCAUGUUUAUGUAAACAAAGUACAAAAGAAUAAGAUGAAUGUUUAAAAGACAACUUUUUUUAUAUAUAUAGAUUUUGUUGCCAGUGUUUCACAAUAAACACACCUUCCCCCUUUGUUUGUUUGUGUUAGUACCUAACCUGACCUACAGCUACGACUGCCAGCAAAUAGUUGCUAGUCAUUAUGAUCGAAGUAAAACAGAAGUCCCAUUCUUGUCUCUUUACAUUCUCAUACUGAUGUUGUUGCUUGAUUUUUGUUCAGCUAGUGUAGAUCCAAACAGUGUGAGCCAGACCUUCUCCAUAAAAAUCUAACAUUUGCACCUCCACUGAUCAGCUGAUCAGAUGAUGAACUUAAGUGUACUCUCAGCCGUUCAUGCACACGACAACAGCCCCCCCCACGCCCCCGAUGUUGACACAGCAUUUGCACGCACAUACCAUGUACACAUUGACACACUCGUGCUCAAACACUCCGCUGCAGAAAAUAAACGUUAGCAGUUAAUCUGUCUCCUUUCCCCAUCUUGUGCUCUCUUCUCUUUCUUUACAUUCAUCCCCUCACUUUAUUUUGCUCUUUAUUUUCUCGUUUCUUCCUGCUCACAUUGUUCACUUUUCUUCUGGAAAAUGGCUGUUGAUAGAUCGUUAAAAAAAAAAAAAAUACAAAAAAAAUUGUUGUAAUUUUCAACGGUUGUACAUUAAUACAGAAAUAGAGUUACUGAGAGAGUUUUUAAAACCGGA